AUGCCGAAAGUCAUACCCUCGGGGCCGGGCAUACGCUCCACGCCCCGAAAGCCUGAGAGUCGCAGUUCCAAUUCCAAUCGGCGAAGUGUCCAAAGAACAGAACCACCCACAUGUACUCCUCAGCAACCUCCUCAACCCUUACGACGUGCGUCCAUGCUGCCACAGGUGUCACCUGUCCCCCUCUCCCAAGACACCACUGUUACCCCAUUGGAGAAGAACCACAAAGUGUGCUUCGAUACUGUGGAAGCGCUCGAGAGAGAGAACAGAGCUUUGAUGAGAGACAAGGAUGUUUUGUCUGAGCGUAUUGGCGGGCUUGAAAGAGAGAAGCAGAAGUUGCUGAACGACCAACAUCGGCUGAACGACAUCCAACAGUUCGUGGAGGAAUUCGUCGCUCGCUGGCAGCGGCUCCAGGGCACUGCUGACCCGCCCAAUAAUGGCGAUCCUAUGGCUAUGUCCACGGAACUGCCGGCAGCGACAUCAGUGCCUGGCAUGUGGGACACUCAGGAGGAAGGAGCGGGAAUGUUCAACAGCAACGACAUUGUGCCAGGCUCAGAGAACUUCACGCAGCUUUUCUCAUUCUAG